UUUUCCUGGCAAUUUCCGAGUUGAACGUGUCGUGAGAGCGCUAUUUUGUACGCAAUUUUUUAAAACAAAAGCUAGUAAAAAGCGUGCUUCAAUUUGAAUAAAAAGUGUUUUUUGUCAAUCGGUGCUUCAAGGUUUUAGGGAUUCGAAAAGCCUAAAUUCAGAAAGUUUUCAGUCGCUUUGCGUUUUGUAAAGAAAAAUUCGAUAAUCUGAAUAAUAAAAGGCGCCUUUCGUACUUUUUUUUGUGAUUAGCUCUCGCCGGAACGUUUAAUGUAAUUAAUUAAAUACGAAUCCGUUAGCAGUGCCAAAAAAAUCAAACUUUUAUUCCGUUUCCUGUGCACAUUCAUAGUACAUAAUAAUUGUACGCACUCUUUGUGUAUUGUAUGAGUGUGUGUGUGUGUUGUAACAUUUGUUUACUCCAACCUCCGACCGCCUCUCAUUUUCUGUUGGUUGAACUUGUACCGUUGUGUGGUGGUGCUGAUGUCCAUUGCCAUUCUCGUACUUCCCUUAGAGUUUUGGGUGCUGGGAAAAAAAUCGAAACACACGCACAGUGAAACUCCAGCGACGACCCUCAGCUCCCCAGAAACCGUCACUGUCAAAUAGCCUGCGAUAAUAAACACUCCUCCAACGUCCCCAAUGUGUUGUGCAAUUUUAUACAAUCAGUAAUACGUACUCGUUCAGUUCAUCCAUUGGCAUUAAAGCUCUUGACGCGAAAUUAAAAUUCAGAGACACAGCCGUAUUUGAAACGCGCCGAGCACAAUUUCGUUCCACUGUGCAGAGGGAAAAAUUCAUAAAACAACGGCAAACAGAAUCAUUGACGCAAAGAGAAACGACAAAAAGCAGAGAAGCAGGGGAGAGAACGAGCUUAUACGGUUUAUUUAAAGACUCACCUGCACCGCAUCACCGCCCCGCACCUCAACUACGAACAAGAAAAAAUCAUUCAACUUGCAAUUUAAACGGCAUAAAUGACGAAAGAACAGUUAUAAUAAAAUGGUUGUAAUCUAACUAAUAUAACCCCCACGAUUCCAGAAGAGCUUCCGCCAUCAGUACUGCUUGAAAAAGCGCUCAGCAACGACCAGCAUUGGCUGCUAAUCGAGAACAAAGACCAUAAAUCAUCAUCACGCGCUAACGAGGAGAAGAAAGAAUAACAAAAAGGACAAUAACAGCAGUAAGAGCAGCAGCAGCAGCAGAAGCAGCAGAAGCAUCAGCGAUUGAGUUACAUAAUAUUUAGGACUUAUUCAUCAUACGCCGCGUUAGCCCUGAGAGAAAAGCCGUCGUCAAUAUGUUCGCCCGUCCGCCGCCGCACUGUGCGCCGCGCACUUGACACGCGUUAAACCCCCCCACGUGGCCCCACGAGAGGAGUGGAGUGGAGUGCAGAGCAGGAGAGGCACGUGCACGUGCAGCCCCACCUGCCACAGUAGCAGCAGUAGCAGCAGAAGCAGCACUACAGCAUCAUUCAUAGGCAUUCCCCUUAGUUUUGUUUCCUUUUUGUUUUGCUGUUGCAAAGUUCAUUUUAAUUGGCAACGAAAAGUGUUGUUUGGUUUCCCCCAAGAGAAACUGCAGUACGGUACCGCAUGAAGGUGCCAAGGCAUAAACCGUUUACUGGCAGCCACAACUGCCGCAACAGCAACAACAUCAUCGGUAGCAGCGUGCCACAGUUGCCAUCAGUUAUUGUUCAAUAUAUUCUCCGUUGGCCUGUGAUAAGCCCCCUAACGUUCUUAAUGAAUGACAUUCGGUUCAAGUCAUUUUAUCGUGCCAGCAAAACGACAUCUGCCGCAGGAGGAGGAGCAGCAGCCGCAUCAAAAUCGUGCGACAAGAGCCAGAACAACAAUCCGCGUACUUACAACAACAGCAGCAAAUCGAACAAAGUGUUUCUCCACUAUAUACCACGCGAUCCGCGACUAAGAAUCCUCCACCGAACCGCCGCCCUCAAUAAACCCUUGAAUCGUAGUCGCUACACCCUCAGCGAACUGAAUAUAACUGAAGAUCUGUGCAAUUAUGGUGAAUUAAUUGGCGGCAGUGAUACUCGUACUCGCAAUCGUAAUCGUAAUCGCAGUGUGGAAAAGGAAUAAGUGUCAGUG